UUCUUUCAACAGCAGCAACAGACAGUCAGACACCUCGGUAGCUUGCUGGACACAAUAGCCGAACCAAUAAAGCUCUUUAGAUGCUUUCGUUUUUUUAUUAGCCACUGUGUUUUAAAACCACUUCUGUCGUCUAGUUAGUUAUCCGAUUUAAUUUAAUAUUUACGGUGUUGUUGUUAUUAGUCAGCUGGCGGACUGGUUAAGUUAGCAUUAGCCUAGCUAGCUAACAUCCCGACCAUGCGGUCACUAAGCUACUCUUCUCCUGCUAAAGAUAAUAUCUGCUGGAUGGAGAAAGAAGCUCUGAUCUUUCUGGUGAAAGAGGAGAAGGGAGAGGAGGAUGUCACAGUAAAACAAGAAGUAGAGGGUGAGGCUGUUACAGUGAAGGAGAAAUACGUUUCAGUAAAAGAAGAGGAAGAGAAAGGGGAGGAUGCCGUAUUUGGAGUGAAAGAGGAGGAAGGGGAGAUGACUGUCACAUCGAAAAAGGAGGACGAGGAGGAAACUGGGUGUCUGAGGCCGGUUUCCCAAACGCAUCUUAAGGCAUCCAACGAUGAAAUUAGCCAUAAGAUGGUUUUGAGAAACAGCGUCCUGAUUAAUACUAGAGAGAUACGGGACUAUCGUGGAUCCUUUGGGGAGCCUCAACAACCACAUGAUGCUGACGAGGCAGAGAAGAGUCUCUCCAGAUCAGAACACCUCAAUAAACACCUGCAGAGAUCCACAGGGAAUAGAACUCACUGCUGCUCUGACUGUGGGAAGAGAUUCACCUCAUCAGGCAUUAAAAUUCAUCAGAGAACACACACAGGAGAGAAACCUUAUAGCUGUGAUCAAUGUGGGAAGAGUUUUAGUCAAUCUGGAGAUCUGACCAUACACCAGAGAACACACACAGGAGAGAAACCUUAUAGCUGUGUUCAAUGUGGGAAGAGUUUUGGUAGAUCUAGCUAUCUGACAGUACACCAGAGAAUACACACAGGAGAGAAAUCUUAUAGCUGUGGUCAAUGUGGGAAGAGUUUUACUACAUCUAGAAAUCUGACUUUACACCAGAGAACACACACAGGAGAGAAACCUUAUAGCUGUGUUCAAUGUGGGAAGAGUUUUGGUAGAUCUAGCUAUCUGACAGUACACCAGAGAAUACACACAGGAGAGAAACCUUAUAGCUGUGAUGAAUGUGGGAAGAGUUUUACUACUUCUGCCUAUCUGACAGUGCACCAGAGAACACACACAGGAGAGAAACCGUAUAGCUGUGAUGAAUGUAGGAAGAGUUUUACUACAUCUGGCUCUCUGACUUUACACCAGAGAACACACACAGGAGAGAAACCUUAUAGCUGUAAUCAAUGUGUGAAGAGUUUUGUUACAUCUGGGCAGCUGAAUGUACACCAGAGAAAACACACAUAAUAGAAAUCUUAUAGCUGUGAUCAAUAUGGGAAGAGUUUUACUCAGUCAAACAACACCAGAGAAUACACACAGGAGAGAAACCUCUUAGCUGUGACCAGAGGUAAUCUGAUAAAAGAUCUCUGACUAAACAUCAGAAAAUACAUGAAGCAGUUGUUUCAUGAUAUCAAUGAAUUAAUGUCACAAUGUAGAAUGUUUUAACAUUGUAGUAGGAGUAUUUUAAUGAUGUCACAAUGUAGAAUGUUUUAACAUUGUAGUAGGAGUAUUUUAAUGAUGUCACAAUGUAGAACCCUAAACGUUUGUCCCCUGUUCUAUUGAUUUCAACAUGAUAUGGAUAUUAGCCUCAGGGGGAAAAUCCAGGCUCUGAAUUGGAAGAGUACUAUUUAUGUGAUUUAGUAAGGACACAUUAUUCCCAGAUUCUGUGUGGUUUUUGAGCUGUUAGUUUUAGCAGGACGUGCAACCUCAUCGCCCUCCUGUCACAUAAAUGAUUUUAGCAUGAUAUCGAUUAGUUAUGACAAAUUAGUGUUGCGUUCCUUUGUUUAGCGACCCCUACAUUUAAAUGCAUUCCAACAUCACUUACAACCGGAUUUCCCCCCUAAUUGAUAUCAGUGAUUUAUUGCUACUUGUCAAAACAACUUUUCUGGAAAUAUGAUUAUUGUGGCAGAUGUUUGUGUAAAUAGCACAUGUUAUGUUUAGGUUUUCAAUUUAUCCCAAACUGUUUCUGCAUAUUGGUUAUUGAUUUGGACACGUUAAAACUGUGUUUUGACAUUGAGGCUAUCCCACCUAGCACAGUGUAAUUGAAAAGUUGUUGAAAAUAAGACAAUGCAAUCAAAUAUUUUUUUUUACAUUUUUUAUUAUACCAUGCCUUACCAUUAAGUGAAUUUUUUGACAAUACAUAUUAUCAAUGGGGUGUACAUUUGGUUUUGGUAAUUCAUGUUUACAAUUCAUGUAACUUUUAGUAAUCAUAAUUAUUUAUGCAAUCAACUGACAAUUUUCGGGUAUAAAUAUAUUGACAUUGUUGCCCUUCUUUUAGAAUAGCAGGGUUCAUUCUCAGAUGUGCCAACCCAAAUGUACUAGAGCAUGACAUUGGGGACUGGGCCCCGAUCCAACAACAUGCCUAUCGAGUGAACCCUGAAAAGAG